AUGGACACGUAUGAACCAUAUAAGAGACUGUCUAAACUGCAAUUCUGUUUUCGUGGGACGAGAACAAACCAAUUCGAUCGUUUUGUCACUGAAAUAAAUGCAAGUCCCCCUGUCACCAUAAUCAGAAUACCACCUAUCAGAUUCGAUCAUCAAAAAGCACUCCGCAUUGCUGAAGCAUUGAUUGAUAAUCAGACACUGACAACACUGUUGAUUACAAUGAACGACAUCGGCGAUCAAGGAGCCAAGUAUUUGGCAGAAGCAUUGUUAUUCAAUAAAAUACUUACAACAAUCAUAGUUAUGGGCAACAAAAUUGGUAAUGAGGGAGCGCAACAUCUGGCUGAAGCAUUGAAAAACAACCAAACCCUCAAAACAUUAGAACUUCAAGCUAACGAAAUUGAUUUUGAUGGAGUUAGUUAUUUUUCUGAAGCAUUGCAAAUAAAUCAGACACUAGAAAAACUGAGUCUUCAAGCUAAUUAUGCCGGUGAUCUAGGAGCACAAUAUCUAGCUGAAGCACUAAUGAUGAAUCAGGUAAAAGUGAUUAUUUAUUCAUUCAUCAAAUAUUCAAGGUUGUCACUGAUGGUAGACACUUUCCGAAUUGAAUCUUAUUGGGAAUCUAAUUGGCGAUAGUGGAGUACAAUGUCUUGCAGAAGCACUGAAGACCAAUAUAGUCUCAUUUUCUCUGCCUAUCACAAGAUAUGUCAUAUCUUUGUUAAUUAUAGACACUCACAAAACUGAAUCUUGGCUGUAAUAAGAUAAGCAAUCAAGGAGCACAAUAUUUUGCAGAUGCAUUAAAGAUGAAUAUGGUAAGACAACCUGUCUACGUCUAUUGAACCAGUAUAUAAUAUCUUCAUUGAUCAUAGACUCUAAAUGUGUUAGACAUUCAUAGUAACGAGAUUGACGAUAAAGGAGAGUUACAUCUUGGAGAAGCAUUGCAGUUCAAUCAGGUAAGAUAGUAUCUUCAGUGAUUUCUCGCAUAUUCUACAUUGUCUGAUGUGAAAGGUGGUCAAAAUUAAGGGUCUUUCAGGACGAUUCGAACUGGAAUAUCCAAGCAGAGUAUGAAGCUAUAAGAACGUCGACUUAUCUUCCUCACCAACUCUAAUCGUCAUCGAUGGUAUCUUAUAUAGUUAACAUGCUUAGCUUUUCUUAGUAAUUCGUUAAUGUGUGAUGAUUUUAAAUGAUAACGAUUAUAUAUAUAUAUGUAUUUAAACACGAGUUAUCAAUAGGCACAGUUUUGGGUGUGGGUGUGGGUGUGGGUGUGGGUGUGGGUGUGGGAGAGG